AUGGCCAGUUUGCUAGACCUCCCAGACGAGACCCUGGAGAAUGUGUUGCUGUGCAACAUUGACGGUCGCACGCUUCAUCAACUCACUCGGGUCAACAAGCGCCUCCGCAGGAUCGCGAGUCCCAUACUCGUCCAGCGCUGGCCAUAUUCCCAUGAACGCCUACUCCUAUAUCUCCUCCACCACCCUGAGUUCAGAGCUCACGUCAAAGAGCUCAAAUUCGAAAAUCUCGUUGCCUUCCGUGACCAUGAAGAAGACCACACCGGAUGCGACAUUACCCUCGAAAGCCUCGAGGCCCUCGCCGCAACCGUGGAGGAGGCGUGGCCAGCUCUAGCCAAGUCAACCAAGUGGGCAGAGCAUAUCCGCAAAGGCAACUCAGACGCCUUGUGCACGCUCUUGUUAUGCUGGACGACCAAGCUUUCCAGUCUCGACAUCACAGUGCCAUACUUUUAUACCAAUCAGCGCCACGACUUGCUGGUCUUGCAAUUAGCAAGCCAGGUAGUCCGAUUGUGGAAGAAGACGGGGUCCACGGACUUGCCGCUUCUUCAGCUGCGGUCCGUGGUUUUCCGUCACUGGGACAUCGAGUUUAGCACUGAUGGGCGAUACGCAGCGGCUUUUUUCCACCUACCCAACGUAAAAUCCUUCGCUGGAUGCAGGCUUGGUAUGUGGGAUCUGAUUGAAGGCCCCGGGAGAGACUAUAACGACCCAACUCUUGGCUGGGUUCCUACGGUGGAUCCUCGCGACGAGUACAUCGUGGAUUUCCCCGUUGGCACUUCACCAAUAGAGGAGCUCAUUCUGGACGACGUCGAUGUUUCAGUAGAAUCUUUGUCCAGAAUCGUCAGUACCUGCCAACAGCUCAAGUUGCUGGUUUACAGGCCAGCCCCAGUGUGCGACCAUUCCUUGUUGAGCUGCAGGGGGCUAGCAAACGUCAUGCUACACCACAAGAAGUCGCUGGAGAUACUUGUCAUUGAUUUCGAACGACCACAAGGUUCACUUCUCUUCAGUGACGAUGAAGAAAUGGAGGAUGAUGGGAGCGAUGAUGCCAAUGACGACGACGAUAACCACGGACAUGAUGUCGACCCUGAAGUUGGGGGCAUCCAUCUGCGCGACUGUUAUCAGUAUCUCAAAUGCCUUAAGAGUUUGUCAAUCGAUGUCAGCUCCCUGUACAAGGAAGAUGGUUAUGGCGACUACAAUAUCACGCCUAGUCGUCUACCGAGUUCUCUAGUGAACCUACGACUACAGGGCUUGUGUCUUACCUCAUUAUGGAAGCGAUCUGUCCAGGAGACUGAGGACCAAAUGAAUGACCUUGAGAUCUUGGUACAAGAAUGCAGUCCAGAUGGGAAGCUGCCUAACCUCCGUCAAAUAAAUAUCCCCGAGAGGUUGCCCAAAGAUCUUGUCCUUGACGCGUUUGAUAGACUGAUGGAGUUGGCAAAGGCGAGAGGAGUUAAAAUCAUUUUCAUAGUACUGUGGGAGGACCCCUGGCCGGAAAUUGAUUGGUAUUAA